AUGAAAAGGGGCAUUGCAAACCCACAAGAACUUCGGCGAGACUACAAGGACCGGACAUGCCGGCUUCCACGGGACCGACCGCUGAGCCAAUCAUUGAUGACACACCUCGCGACGACGCAGCUCCCUUCCAUCAAACCAGUCGUCUCUGCUCCAUUUUCCCCAACUCAAUCUCUAGUUGAGCCUGCUGUGCUCUCUGAACCCUCUGGACCAGCUUUGGCAGUGUCUUCACCUCCUGCUGCCUCCACAGCUUCCAAUAAAUGCCCCACAGAUGACCAGAAUUCUCUGCUUUUGGCACACGCCACCCUCAACAGCUGCUGCACCCAUCACGCCGGCGUCAACAAGUCCCAUCGUGACCCAGCCUCUGCACCUGCCAUCCUACCUGAACCGACUUCCGCGUCCCAGGUAGCAUCUGGCGCCAUUCUGGCAGGCUCACUCGACAAUGGGGGAGAGCCAAUGGACGUCAACGCUGAUUCAAGGGCCCAUGACGCAAUUCCUGCCCCGACCUGGAUGUGUGAUGUUAACAUGUCAAAAUACUUGUGUGACGUUUCAAAGGAAGGGGCAUGGCAGAAGCUCAUAGACACCCUCUUUCUGUUCAAGGCGAUAAAUACGGCUACUGGGAAAUUACCGACCACCUCACGUCCUGAUGAGGUUGCGUCGUGGAUCAAAAGCAAGAAGAAGGACACGCCACGCGAAGUCAACCCCGAUUCCUAUGGGUCUUCCUUUAUGGCUUGGUGGAUCGCCAUUCAACCGGAUUGGAGACUCAAUGAUGACACUUCCUUCAACUAUGUGGUACCAGCUACUGAGGACUGGCGCCAACUCCAUAAAGGUGGAUCGGCAGGGCUCUAUACCAUUGUAGUAGCCCUCUCAUGGUGGAUCAAGGCAUUAUCUGCAGAGACCAACUCCUCGCGCGCGUGGUCUGCUGUUCGUGAUGUUCAGUGGGUAGUUGACCAGAUUUAUAAGAAGGUCAAGCCUGUUCCUCAAACUCAUGCCGGUUGUGUUUCUCAUUACAUUCCUUUUUUGCUGUGCAACCCUGUCACGUGA